AUGCAUGGGAGCGACGACGAAUUUUGCCGGCAAGUCAGCCGAGAGGCAGGGUACACGGUGCUAGAUAUACAGUACCGCUUAGCACCAGAGAAUCCCUUCCCCGCGGCACUCCACGAUGCCGAGGAUGCGGUGAACUGGGUUCUCCAGCGUCCUGAGAAAUUCGAUACAUCCCGGCUGGCGAUCUCGGGGUUCAGCGCCGGGGGUAACCUGGCGUUAGCACUCUCCUCGAGUGUUUUCCCCCGAGGAACCUUUCGAUCAUUGCUGGCUUUCUAUCCCCCGGUUGACUUGUACACGGAACCAGGCCUAAAGACUCCACCGGAUCCUGCAGGAAAGCCGCUGCCUGCAGCGCUAGCCCGGGUUUUUGAUAGAUGUUACAUUCCGGCGUCCUACGAUGCUAGAGACCCUCGAAUUUCGCCUUUAUAUGCCCAACCUGACCGCUUUCCCGACCGCAUCCUAUUGGUGACGGCAGCUUGUGAUAGCCUCGCAGGUGAAGCUGAGGCGCUUGCCGCUAAAAUUGGAAAAGAACCGGAGCGGGAGAUUAGUGUUCACCAGAUGCAGGGCUGCAAUCAUGCCUUUGACAAAAAUGCCCCUGAGGGGAGCACUUCAGCAAACGCGAAAGACAAGUCCUACGCUAUGGCCGUCGCGAUGUUGUCCCGCUCUUAA